AUGUUCAGCAGUAGCAAGAUCGCCGCCGUGUGCCUCGCCGUCGUGGCGCUAACCAACAGCGCGUAUGCUGAGAAGGAGGCCGCCCAGACGUUCGGACUGCUUGGCGCUGGUCUGCACGGUGGUGCGGGACUCUAUGGAGCUGGCGCUGCCGGGUCUUUCAUGAUGAAGCCAGCGUUAGGUGCUGGUUCUGUACGGUUCGAGGUUGCCGGCUAA